AUGAACUCUUUCAAAAUUCUCAUCAGCAGACAAUUAACAGUCCUUGGUGCUGGGACCAGACAUCCUACCCGCAAAAUUCAUAGCGGCAACAAGGGCACCGGAAGAGCCCAGAAACAGGAGCCGCCUCGCAAUGUCCUCGGUGCUUGCGAGGCACCAUGCACACCAGACCGUGAUGACAGUGCUUCCAACUCCGUAGAUACGGAUGAAGUCCCACUCAGGAAACUCCCCAACACACCAGCUUACUUCACUAGCAACUUCGAGCGAGAAGAAAAUGGACUUCAUCCACCUGUCAAUGUCCUUCAGACAAAAAACGCCAUCAGCGCAAACUCCUCCGAAUAUGUGGAAGGCCCUGCAUAUAAGCACAGUGAUCCCACUCCUGCAAUGAACAAAAAAUAUUCAUCCGACCUCACAGACGAUUAUUACCUAUGGGAACUUGAUUGUUAUCAGCGCGGCCUUACAUGUGUCGGAGAUGCACUCAGUUAUCACGGCAAGUAUCUUCCGACAAGUCACUCCGAAAUUUCCACUAGAACUCCGGGGAUUGAACUAUCGGAAAUGAUUCCCAUUCGUGAUGAUGAUGACGAUGAUGAUGAUGAUGAUGAUGAUGAUGAUGAUGAU